AUGCUGCACAACUUGUGGAAGGCCAGGCAACUCAAGUUGGACGGCGAUCCCGGAUACUGCCUGGCGAAGAGGGUGCGAAACCAGGUGUACUACGAUACCUCCACCGAUCUGCUCGCCAAAGGAGCCGGGAAUCAAUGCACUGCCGCCGAGUGCAUGGUCGCUGCUUUGAAAGUGUUCUCGGGGAAGGGAAACAAAGGCAUACCGACCGAGAUCGUGCGCGCCAUGUGCAUGUAUUAG